UAAAACAAAGUAAUCCGGAGAUGCUGGGUGUUCAAACCGGGCUGUUCCCAGCCCUGCCACCGGACGUAGCUUCACCUCGUGUUUCCCGACCCGUUCCCCCUCAUGCCGGCCCCGCCUGGCUCGGCUGAGCUCCCUCAGCGACGCCCGAGUUGCCAGGAGAAAAGAGCGGAAGGAUAUAGUUGAGGGGAGAGCGCUGCGUUGCUUGAGGAGAGAGUGUGACAGGAGAAGUAGUUCCGGCCCCGAUUGGGCCUUGUUUCCCAAAAAUAGCGCCCAGCGGGUAUCCGUGCGCCGGUGUCAGUGUCUCCUCAGGAGCCUCAGCGGGGAGGAGGCAGGAGCGGCGGCGAGAGAGGGGACGCGGGCGGGGGUUUAUACGAAGAAGCAGGAACCUGUUCUCAAGCUGAAGACAAAGUAGACAAAAGAAGACGAAAGAAAACUGUAUCAUGUGUUAGAAUACUGAAGAGUGAAAUUUCUUGGAUUAGUACAUUUCUGGAUUGCAAAGCAAAAGAAAGAAGAGGCUGAAAAUGGGGAGAAAGAAAAUACAGAUCACAAGAAUAAUGGAUGAACGGAACAGGCAGGUCACCUUUACAAAGAGGAAGUUUGGAUUAAUGAAGAAGGCAUAUGAGUUGAGUGUACUCUGUGACUGUGAAAUUGCACUCAUCAUUUUUAACAGCUCUAACAAACUCUUUCAGUAUGCCAGCACUGAUAUGGACAAAGUUCUUCUUAAAUACACAGAAUACAACGAACCCCAUGAAAGCAGAACCAACUCAGAUAUUGUUGAGACUUUAAGAAAGAAAGGCCUUAAUGGUUGUGAGAGCCCUGAUGCUGACGAUUACUUUGAGCACAGUCCACUAUCGGAGGACAGAUUCAGCAAACUAAAUGAAGAUAGUGAUUUUAUUUUCAAGCGAGGCCCUGCUCUGAACAAGAAGGAACACAGAGGGUGCGACAGCCCGGACCCUGACACUUCAUAUGUGCUCACGCCACAUACAGAAGAAAAAUAUAAAAAAAUUAAUGAAGAGUUUGAUAAUAUGAUGAGGAAUCAUAAAAUCGCACCUGGCUUGCCUGCUCAGAACUUCUCCAUGUCGGUCACAGUUCCAGUGUCCAAUCCCAACACUUUAACCUACAGUAACCCAGGGAGUUCCCUGGUGUCCCCCUCCCUGGCAGCCACCUCCUCCUUGACGGACACCACCAUGCUCUCCCCCCCUCAGACCACCCUGCACCGGAACGUCUCACCUGGGGCUCCUCAGAGACCACCGAGUACUGGCAAUGCAGGUGGAAUGCUGGGGACAAGUGACCUCACAGUGCCAAAUGGAGCUGGUACCAGUCCAGUUGGGAAUGGGUUUGUGAAUUCUCGAGCUUCACCAAGUCUACUUGGAACUACUGGUGGUGGGAAUGGCUUAGGCAAGGUCAUGCCUACCAAGUCUCCACCUCCACCUGGAGGAGGUAAUCUGGGAAUGAACAAUCGCAAGCCUGACCUCCGUGUUGUCAUCCCACCCUCCAGCAAGGGCAUGAUGCCCCCACUGAAUACCCAAAGGAUAAGUAGUUCUCAGUCUACACAGCCUCUUGCUACCCCUGUGGUGUCAGUGACAACUCCAAGCUUGCCCCCGCAGGGAUUGGUGUACUCGGCCAUGCCUACUGCCUACAACACUGAUUACUCCUUGACUAGUGCAGACCUGUCUGCCUUGCAGGGAUUUAACUCCCCAGGAAUGUUGUCCCUCGGGCAAGUAUCUGCCUGGCAACAGCACCAUCUGGGUCCAGCAGCCCUCAGCUCCCUCGUUACUGGCAGCCAGCUAUCUCAGGGUUCAAAUUUAUCCAUUAAUACCAACCAAAACAUCAACAUAAAAUCUGAACCAAUUUCACCUCCCCGGGACCGUGUAACUCCCUCUGGGUUCCCGCAGCAGCCCCAGCAGCAGCAGCAGCAGCAGCCCCAGCCCCAGCAGCAGCAGCAGCAGCAGCCCCAGCAGCCCCAGCCGCAGCAGCAGAGGCAGGAGCUGGGUCGCUCUCCUGUCGACAGCCUCAGCAGCUCCAGCAGCUCCUACGACGGCAGCGACCGGGAAGACCCCAGAAGUGAUUUCCAUUCUCCUGUGGUGCUGGGGAGACCACCCAAUUCUGAAGAUAGAGAGAGCCCCUCAGUAAAACGAAUGAGGAUGGACACCUGGGUGACAUAAACCUGCAGUGUCACCUCCUCAGUUUUGUGUUCUCAAAAUGAACUGUCCUGACAUAUCUAAAUUUAUAAAUAAGGACAUAAGUAUAUUUAUAUGUAUAUACAUACGUGCAUAUAUAUAUCUUCACAUGCAUAUAUAUGUGCUAGUGUGUGUAGCAUACACAAAAUCAUCAGGCACUUACGACAAACUUCUUGUAUAGCUGCAGAUGUCCCAUGGUAAAACGUAACAGAACAAUCCUAUAGGUAUUGAUCUAGUCUGGCACUUACCUGGACUUGUUGUUUUAAUAAUAUAACCUGUUUUGCAAAGAAACAUUGUACCUGCAUUAUAAUCCUACCACACUAGAUUGCAGAAACUGAGAGGGCUCGCCUGUAGUAAUGUCCCUGUGUGUUUUAUUCAAGCUGUAUGGUUACUCGUAGUUAAGAAAUAAUGCUUUGUAGCAGCAGAGCAGUAGAAAAGCAGGAAGAAGAAAGCAAUACUGUACAUAAAAUGACCUUUAUAUUACCCAACCUGGCAUGGGUCUCUAUUGCAGAGGGUGCAUGGAGAAGGGCUGAUGCUAUAAGAAAUAAAAAAAACAAAAACCCUGUUUUGCACGUGCAAAAAAAAAAAAAAAAAAAUUAAAAAAAAAAUAGUGUAUUGGGUCAAAGAAGUGAUUUUUUUAAUGAGUGAAAGAGAGACAUAGAGAACUCGCAUGAAAUAUUCAGAAGAUAUUAGCCUAGAAAAUAGAACAUUAACAAAGUAAAAUUAAUAUAUUAAGUUAUAAUUGGAAUAUGUUUGACAAAUUUGUUUUUACGUUCAUACCUUUGAAAAAUAUAGAAACGGAUUUUAGCUCAUGUAUAUUUUAUAUUAAAGAAAACAAUACCCUAAUGAAUUGAAGACUAUAUAUAAAGUUAUAUACAGUACUUUUGAACACAUUCUGCUAUGAAUUAUUUAUAUAAGCCAAAGCUGUAUGUUGUAGCUUUUUUGUAGAGUAUAGUUUUAUCUUAUUUUGACUUUCUAGUUUUUGCUUUCGAAGAUGAAAAGGAAAAACUUGCAGGCGGAACCUUGGGGGAAAAAUAAGCCAUGAACACUUAUAUGUAAAUUUAAAUUUGAGCCAAACUCUUUGUGUAUAUAGCAUCCUAAAUAUAUUAUCACCUUUGGUGUAAGUACCUAUGUAUUGUACGUUCACCAGAUUAAAAAGUAUAUUUUUGUGGAUUGACGCCAACUUGAAAAAAGGCGAGGUCCUUAUUAAGUAGAGUAUUCACUGUUUAAUAUUUACUAUUUUGUUAAAUAUACUGUACUUUCUUUGGAUUUUAAUUAUUAUUAAUAUUAUUAUCCAGAUUUUUCAGAGGGUGUAUAAAGGGGUUGUCCCCCUCACUGGUGGUGAAUGUGUGCCGUUAAAUUGUAAUCUCUGUGCUGUAUGGUUAAGCUUCAUUAUACAUUUUAUAUAUAUGUAUAUAAAUAGCAAAGUGGCAAAAAAAAAAAAAAAAAAUCUGGUGUUAAGUUCAUCCUGCAUAAAUAUAAAAAAAAAUCUGUUACAACACAUUUUAAGGCAUCAUUUUAAAGCUGCCUCUCCUGAGGAGGAAAAAAAAAAAACAAAAACAAAAGAGUGGAAAAACUUGACCUAAUUUCUCCUGCUAGGGAAAUAACACAUAUCAGAUGAGCAGAAAAGGUUUUUUAAGUUGGUAAGUGGUUCAGGAUAAAGCCUAAGAAACAAAUUUGCUGUUUCCUCUUUCCAUUAAAUGGGCCCCUGGAUUCCUCCCUCUGUUGUUCCCCAAAGGUUGGCUGGGAGAAGGUUUGGUUUGUCCUUGGGUUUGGUGCAGGAUCCUUUCAGAGCCAGGACUGUGGUGAGGAGGAGGACAGUGGGGGCAGAGUCCUCAGACCCAUCCAUCAGAGGGUAGGAGCUGGGUUUGAGCAGCAGAAAGUCCCAGGAGCCAAGAGCUGGGUAGAGAGGGUGACACCGGGGGGGGUGGGGUGGGGUGCACUGGGGAGGGGUCUCCUCCUGCCCAAACCUGGUCCCUGCCCCCUUGCACCUUAGCACCUGCACUGUACUGGGAGCAUCUUCCUGCUGGUGGUUCUGGUUAGUUCUGGGGGAGAAGCCACAAUGUGGUUCUGUUAUCCAAGCCCUGUUAAAGUUAUCACUUGUAUUUAUUAAAUUUUUGCUUGGGUGUUACUUUUUUUUUUGUAAUUUUAAAAAAUUCACUUAACAGAAGUGUGAGAACUGGGAACCCAAGGGGGCUGCUUGCUCUGAUGUUGCUGAAGAGCACUCAGUACCUGCAGCUUCCAAACCCACUCUGCUGUUGUCAUGGGAACCUUAUCCAGGGCCCAGGUUUCGGUUCCCUUUGGAAAUGUUCUUCAGUUGGUGAGUUUAGUCACUGGUUUACAGGAGUGUAGCAGAAAAUGACACUUUAACUAAUGGCAACACCAUUUCCAAAGUGACUGAAUUCACUUACCACUUCAGAGAACCUUUUAAUGCUCUGGAAAAUUAUGUGAUUUUUUUUUCAUUAUUUAUGCACAUAUAUGAACUUUGCUGUACACCUGAGUGGGAGUUCUGCAUUCACAUUUACUGUCUAUUUUCUUGUGUGCCUUAUAAGAUGGCUUUGCUGACUGUAUCUCAAUAGUCUUUAUUUCUAUGCAGGUUUUUAAACAGUAUGAUUACUGUUUUCUUAAAGAAAAAAAGCUACGUAAGGGUUAGAGUUUGUACUGAAACUGCACCAAUGAAUUAAAAAAAUAUAUAAAAUAGUAACCAGUUCUGAAGAACUGCAACUGGGAUGGUUCACAUGUUGCCCCCACCCCUCCAACAGACUCAGCAGAACAAGUCUGGGAGACCUCCCCAGUCAGGGGAGGGAAACUCCUAAUGCUGAAUAAAUGGGAAUUCUGAUUUUUAAUAGCAAGUAACUAACUUUGGAACAUACUUUUUUUAGCAAUUGUAAAAAAAAUGUUUUAUAAAAAUAAUAAAAAAAAAUCAUAGCACAGAUAUUUCAACAGGUUAAAUAAAAAAAAAAAAGACUUUUUUAAAAAUUACCUACACUGAAUCAACUUGCGAGUGGCUCCAAUCCUAGUCCAAACCCAUUGAAGUCUGAAUGAUUUCAGAUUUUUAUCUGCUGUUGUGACAAAUCACCUCUCCAUCUGCGAGCUCUCACUAUAGUGUUUAAAAAUACACAUUAUCAGGGAUUCGUCAGAGCAAAAUGCUUUAGCCUUGCCUUUCACUUAAAGGACACUAAUGCAUCAGAAACUUGUGAUUUACUGUGCGCACAAGAAAUACAUAGUAAAUAAGGAACAAAAUAACUCCUAGCAAUUGAACAUGGGAAAGAAGUGAAAUUAGAAUGUGAACGAAAGACUUAACAAAUGUAAACAUUUAAAUCCUAGUAGAAACUUUCUUCACUUUGCUGUGCAAGAGAACACUGCUUUGCUAUAUUUAAAAUGGCUUUUUUAAAAGAGAUUUAUGUAUUUGGUAAAUGUUUGUAGUCAACAGUUCACAAAGAAGCUGUUCACGGUUUAAUGCUGAUAAGCCGUUUGGCGGCACAAGCUGGACUUUGUUGCCAUCCUUGAGACGAAUCUUUUAAGAAAAAAAAUAAGUUAAUCUCAAUUUUUUUCCCUGAAUGUGUUGUUUUUUCUUCAAUAUACAAUAAAUAUUCUAGUGAACUUUUUAUCAAAUGGUUAAGAAAAUGCUAGAGGUUGUUGUAAAAUAUUUGUAUCCUGCAUUCACUAAAGUAAAGAUACUGGCUUUUACUGUGUA